AUGAGUUCCUCGGCUGCAAUGUCAAUCAGAAAGUCAGGGCCUCGAGUCAUUCGCUCGGCAUCUUCCCAAUUGGUGGCCACGCAUACUUCGAAUCGGAGUAUAUGGCGAUGUGCACCAAACGGUCAGGGGGACAAAACAGAACUUAUCUCACGAAGUUUUGGCAAAUUUCAGCGAUACCCUCUGUACAAUCAGCGAAAAGCCCGAACUCGCCGUGGCAGCAAUACUACUCCCAACGAUACACACUCACGCUGGAGCUGGGCGGCUUGGCUUUCUCAGUCAAGUUCUUACCACCCCCCGGCUGGCUGGGAGAGAAGUCUCUGGGGAUCGGAUUCAGGGCGGGUGCACAAACGCAUGGACUUGCUGAAAAGGUACAUAGAGGCAGACCCUUACAGGGCCGUCUUUGGGCGCCGAUUGGACCCCUUUCAGAAUUUCGGCAGGACCGACACUUCGUUGAACGGUUUCCUUCAGUCGUUUUCCAGUAUGGAAAAGCCACUCAAUGGUAGGCCGAGAGUAGACAAGUGGCAAACGAGAAGUGACGCCAAUCAUGUUCGACCGCAGUACAUGUACGAUCCUAUCAGUGGACGCAUGGCGCCGAUACCACCGUCAACUGCACCCGAAUCCAGCGACCCGGAAACAGAAAUUAACUCUCAUAAAGCGGUUGACUGCCCUCCAGGCGCUGGAGUGGAGGCAAAAUUUGCCCACAACCCCAGUUUGGCCGAGGAUGGACAGUUCCAGCCGGGAAACACGGGACCGAGCGUCGAAGCCCCGUCCAGCUCACAGUCAACCGUUGACUGUCCUCCAGGCAGUGAGCAAGAUGCAUCUUUUACCUCAACUCGAACCCCUCAGGAUGCGCAUGGCAGGGCUCAAGUUUCCCAGGAAACCGAAGGCAAGACCUUCGUAAAUAUCGAUUGCCCUCCUGGAAGUGAACUGGAAACAUUGCUUGUUUCUGAAUCUAUUCUUUCUGCACAGCCUCAGCCGGACACAUCUAAGUUCAACGGAAACACCGAUAGACUGAAUCUGGAUGCCAGUUUGACUGCGGGAACCAACGUGGAAUGCUCCCCGGGAAGUGAGCUGGAGGCCAAGUUCAUCGCUGAUCCUACCAGCCGCUCCGUCCAGAGUUCUCCGUCUGGGUUAGAGAUACAACCUCAGACCAAGCAAACUGGCAUUUCAAUUGAUUGCCCACCAGGCAACGAGCUGGACGCAAAGCUCUCUUCUGAGAUCGAUAGUCUCAGUCUUGAGUCCGACGGUCGUGUUCAUCAAACGGCUGACACCGCCGCCGUGACAGGCGUUCAAAAAGGCUUUGAGUGCUCCCCAGGUAGUGAGAUUGAAGCACAUAUUUCGUCAGAGGCGGACAGCCAGGAUAUUGCCCAAUCCGAAGCCCAGACCUGUGUCGAUUGUCCUCCUGGAAGCGAACUCGAGGCCAAGUUUAUCUGCAACCCGGCUUCAGUUGAGGAAAAGCAAUCACAGCCAGAACUACCCGCUGGCCUUGAUACAUCCGAGACAGCCAAGAAUGUUGCGGACUGUACACCCGGGAAUGAGUUAGAGGCAAAUUUCAUUUCUGAGAUGGCGAGUGCCGAGGGUCCCAAUGAGAAUAAGGACCUGAGCGCCUUGGGUGCUAUUGAUAUUCGCUCUCGUUAUGCUCCUUUGGAACCAAGGGUGCAAGCCAAUCCGCUGGAUUUCGAUGCUUCCGAAGACCGUGGUGACUUCAUUCUCAAAAGCCAGAACCUAGCCACCGAAAAAGGAGAGCAACAAGAAGCCUCCCAAAGCCCUUCCCCUAAAUUCCAUAUUCUCGCUUUCGAUACGUCGACGUCGCAAGUCUCAGCCGCGCAAGCAGACUCAUUCUUCGGUGUCGAUGAAAAUAGUCGGCCAAGUGAAAUUCUGUCUCGACUGCACAAUCCUGCGAAAUUCCUACCCUAUUUCGAGAAGAUGCAAGAAGAUGGUUACGAAAUUGCAACCGGCGGAGGCAACAUCCUUGUCUUCCGGAAGACUCUAACCCCCCCUCGUCACACUCUCUCAAAUACCGCAGAAGACCAAAAACCAGCAAUUCACGCCCAAAUUGCCAAACAUCUUCGCCACGACUCAAUGGACUCCACCGCCGUAUACGCCGGAGCUCCCUGGAAAUCCACCACUAAGCCUCCUUCAGCAACUGGAUCCUCUAGCUCCGAGCCCGAAGCAACCACAAAAUCAGACUCUUCGUUUCGUAAGGCAUGCCGCAGAAUGCUAAUUGCAGGCACAGCUACCGCAUCAACGUGUUAUGCUAUCGGAGUGAUGGUCGAAUUCUUCCGCACCGGCGGAAAUGACGGGCGGGGAAUUGAUGGGUUCACUGUGUUUGAGUCAGAUCGACGUCGUCGAGACUAG